AGGUUGGUGCCACCGCCGCCACGGAAGCUACGGAGAGAGCUCGUUGAGCUCUGCACUGCCGUGAUCGACGCGUGCGGAGUGCGAUGGAAGCCCUCUCCAUCUGGCCCGCAUAGUCGCAGAAGCAAAACAGCAUCGCAGCAUCGCCCGCCUAGUCAGCACAGCAGCUAACGCGUCUCACGCCUCCAGGACAAGUACCUGCGUUCCGUUGCUGAGUUCCGCAACCUGCAAGAACGUACCAAGCGCGACGUGCAAUCCGCCAAAGACUUUGCGCUCCAGCGCUUCGCCAAGGAUCUCGUCGAGUCUGUCGACAACCUCGACCGCGCGCUCCAGAACGUGCCCACCGAGAAGCUGACGCCCGAGAACCCGGACCUCGUGACGCUGCACGACGGGCUCAAGAUGACGGAUAAGAUCCUCAUGGCGACGCUCAAGAAGCAUGGCCUCGAGCGCUUCGACCCCAGCCCCGAGCUCGAGCGUUUCGACCCCAACGUCCACGAGGCUGUCUUCCAGACCCCCAUGCCCGACAAGGAGGAUGGCGUCUGCUUCUUCACCCAGCAGAAGGGUUUCUUGCUCAACGGCCGCGUGCUUAGGGCCGCCAAGGUUGGUGUUGUGAAGAACUCGUAAACAUCUCACGCCCGCGCACCAUCAUGUAGAAAGGACCUGCCCGUUACAUAAUGACGUUCGCCACGCGGCGCUAUGCGGCACACCCAUAUCAGGUCAGGGAAACAGGAAAAAAGAGCGACUGACGGCGUUUUCUUUUAAUCUACAGUCUCCAUGGUCAGUCAGUCUGGGUGCAGCUCGGCGAAAAGAACGCACGCCAGACGGACGACUCUCGAGACAAUCUUCCCAUUGUAUAUCCUCUCCUCUUCCACCACAUCGAAGGUAGAUGCAGCUCACGCGUGCGCUCUUCCUUCUGUAUUUGUAUGUAUGUACGA